GGAUUGGGAUUAAAUGUUAUUCGAUAUAAUAUCGGAGGAGGAGAUAAUCCAAGCCAUAAUCACAUGAGAAUUGGAGGUGAUGUGCCAGGUUUUUGGCCGUGCGAAAAUUGUGAUUAUAAUUGGACCUCUGAUGCAAAUCAAAGAUGGAUUUUACUUGCUGCGAAGGAGCGUGGUGCUGAUAUCUUUGAGGCAUAUUCCAACAGCCCUCCAUAUUGGAUGACUAAUAGUAACUGCUCUUCUGGAGGUCAAAACAACACCAAUAACCUCAAUUCCGAUUACUACGAUAAAUUUGCUGAUUAUCUUACUGAAGUUGUUAAAUGGUAUAAAGAAGAACAAGGACUUACUUUCAGAACUCUAGAACCAUUCAAUGAACCAUCAACUGGACUUUGGCAUGAAUUUGGUAUGAACACACAAUUUUGUCUAUAUACUGAAGUUGAUCGAAUAGUUGGUUCCCAAGAAGGAUGUACUUACAACUUUUUUGAAAUGGCUGGAGUUAUUGACAAGGUCGGUGCUUAUCUUAACAAUAAAGGCCUCUCAAACUUAACAUCUGUUUCAAUCGCAGAUGAAGGCUUAUUUGAAGGAGAAUUUGCUACCAUUCUUGGAAUUUCUGCCUUAUAUCUUUUUGGCGAUCAGGCCAUGUCAUAUGUCAGCCAGUACAAUACACAUGCUUAUUUCGGACUUUCAAGAACACCCCUUUUUGAUCUGGCAAAAAAAGGUGGUAGGAGACUUUGGAUGAGCGAAUGGGGAUCUUGGUCAUCAAAAGAUAUGUCUGCAAGCAUUAAACUUUCUGAAGAAAUUCUGAACGAUAUGAGAAAUCUUAAGCCUGUUGCAUGGAAUUAUUGGCAAGUAAUUGAACAUGCUCCUAAUGGUACUAUUGGUAAUGACUUUGGCUUGAUCGGUGUAGAUUUUAGUAAUUCAACCACUCAACCAGACAUACGUCUAUCAUUUUAUGGAUUUGCUCAAUACACUAAGUACAUUCGCCCAGGAUAUCAAAUCAUUUCUUCUUCUGAUGAUAAUACUCUUGCCGCACAAGAUGCUAGCAAUAAAACGCUUGUUUUAGUUUGCACAAAUAAUAAUGAUGCAUCAGAAAUUUGGAAUAUUAAUGUUGCUAAGUUUAAAAUCAGCUCAUUUAACGCUUACCGUACAUCUAAUGACAAUGAAACACUUAAGUUACUACCAAAUAUAUGGAAUAUUACUGAUG